AGGCUUGCCUGGUGGUGUGCGAGGUCGUAGCUAUUCACUGCCUUCAGCUUUUGGUCUUCAGUGUGGUGUGCAGAGUCGUGUUCAAUCUAGCCCUCGGGUCUCUCCACCAGAACCUACUCUAGGUGAACUGAUGGAUCUGAUGAAGCGUCAACAAGAGCAGUUGAACCAACUUACCCAGACUGUAGCUUCCCUCCGGGCUCUGCCCUCCCAGGGAUCAAGGUCCCUUUCUGGCCCUGUCAUUUGUCGAAGGUGUCUGCAGCCUGGCCACUUUGCGAGAGACUGCACUGGGGAAAGGGUUUACCGCCAGGGUCCAGAUAGGUCAAGUGGUCAGAAUUCAGGCAGUACUAGGCUGGCUUUGUCCAAUUGGCAGCCAGAAAACUAGCACCCACUGAGCUAUUGAGCCACAGCUCAGGUGGGGAGCCCUCAGGCUCACAGGAAGGUGCGGCAUGUGAAUUGGUUGCCUCAUGCCCAAAUAUGGAUGUUUCUAUUGGGGGUGGGGUGAGUGUUUCCUGCUUGGUGGACACCAUGGACCCAGUGUCCACCAUCACUGAGUCUCUCUUCAUGAUGCAGUUCGUACCUUGGGGCCAGGAUUGCCUUCGCUCUUGUAACUGGCUUCAGCUUUGAGCAGCAAAUGUUCUGGCAAUUCCCUAAAUCGGCUAUUUAGAACUGGAUGUAGAGUUGUGCGGAAAGGUCAUGCCCCACUGUGGAAUCCUGAUGGUGAGGGAUCCCCCUGGUGCUGUGUCUUCUUCGGAAUCUUGGGGAUGAAUGUCAUCCGUUAGUCAAGAAUCAGAGUCCACUGCCGGUACAGUGAGAGUUCGAGGUAGGAGAGCUGUGCGUGUACCAGGAGGCCACAUGAAGCUGUUUGCCAGUACCUCUUCGGAACAGUUGGCAGGUGAGACUGUUCUGCUAGAGCCUCCUGAGACUGGGUUUCCCGCUGGGCUGCUUGUUUCAUCUUGCCUGGUGCGGGUCAUCCGUGGCACGGUGUAUGUUCCUGUGGUCAAUGUGGGGACGAUGGCUGUUCUUCUUUACCCACGGACUGGUCUGGGCAAUCUUAGCACAGCACAGGUUGUCAGUCUGCCGGCUGGCAUGACUGAGGAUAGGAUCACUUUGGUGACAAUUAACAUUCAAACUGUUUCUUCCUCUUUGCCUGAUAGGGUGGAGGCUGUGGCUCUGCCUGCGCUGGUUGAUCCAGAUAGGGGGGAAAAAGUAAGGUCCUUGUUGAAAAAGUAUGAUUCGGUCUUUGCCACUCAUGAAAACGACUUGGGGUGUACCAAUCUUCUUUCUUAUGACAUACCCUUGCUUGAUGAGAUCCCAGUCAGGCAGAGAUAUCUCCGCAUACCGCCUUCUGAGUAUGAGGCAGUGAAGACUCCUAUCAAUCAGCUGCUUGAGUCCCAGGUCAUACGGGAGAGCUGUAGUCCGUACGCUUCACCAAUUCUGUUCGUGCGGAAAAAGGAUGGAAGUCUGCGCUUGUGUGUGGACUAUCGUUUGCUAAACAGCAAGAUUUGGAAGGAUGCAUUUCCUUUGCCGCGAAUAGAGGAAAGCCUUGAUGCGCUGUCAGGGGCCCGCUGGUUUUCAACUCUUGAUCUUGCCAGUGGUUACAAUCAGGUCCCUGUUACAGAGCAAGACAGGCCUAAAACAGCCUUUUGUACCCCCUUUGGCCUUUUUGAGUUCAAUCAUAUGCCGUUCGGCCUGUGUAAUGCACCGGGCACCUUCCAGCGAUUGAUGCAGAGGAUGUUUGGUGAUCAGCAGGGUCAGUCUCUCUUGCUUUAUCUCGACGACAUCAUCGUGUUUUCAUCCUCUGUAGAUCAACAUCUGCAGCGUCUUGAGAUGGUGCUCAGGCGCCUUCAGACCGAGGGCUUGAAGGCUAGGCUUGAGAAAUGUUCCUUUUUCCAACAGGAAGUGGGGUACUUAGGUCAUGUCAUCUCAUCCCAGGGAGUGUCUACUGACCCCAAGAAGUGUGAGGCUGUGGCUGAGUGGAGACGACCACAGAACGCAUCUGAGCUGCGCUCAUUUUUGGGGUUUGCCAGCUAUUAUCGUUGCUUUGUCGAGGGGUUUGCCCAGCUGGCGGGACCAUUGCAUCGCUUGGUGGCUGAGAUGUCCUGCAAGAAGUCCAAAAAGGGUGCCAAUAAGGCUCUGGAGGCUGUAUGGACUCCGCAAUGUGAGCAGAAUUUUGAGGGGCUGAAAGACCGGCUUGUCUCCGCUCCUGCGUUGGCAUUCGCAGACUUUUCGCAUCCCUUCAUUCUAGAGGUAGACGCUAGCUAUAGUGGCCUGGGAGCUGUUCUCUCCCAGGAGACUGACAGUGGGGUGAGACCGGUGGCUUACGCCAGCAGAGGACUUCGGCCGACGGAGCGCAAUACGGCGACUUACAGCUCCAUGAAGUUGGAGUUCUUAGCUCUUAAGUGGGCUAUGAUGCCAGCCCACUCAGCUUCUGAUCUCCAGUUGUUACAACAAUUGUUGAAGGAGAUUUUGGUGUUCUGGCGAAAGAAAUCUCUACCUACCGCAGUUGAACGGCGGCAUCUUUCUAAACCAGCUUUGAAGAUGUUAACCCAGUGGGGGCGCCUGGUGGAGAGGGAUGGGGUCUUGUUCCGCCGGGUCCUUCGCUCAGAUGGGGGGGAGGAAUUCCUCCAACUCUUGCUGCCUGCAGUUCUCAAGCGGGAAACCCUGAGUCUGCUUCAUCAGCAACAUGGCCACCAAGGUAUCGAAAGGACCACAGAGUUGGUCCGGCAGCGUUGUUACUGGCCCGGGAUCCGGAAUUGGGUGCAAGAGUGCGAGCGGUGUCAGGUCGCUAAGGACUCUGGACAGGUGCCACAUAGUUUUAUGGGCCAUCUACUUGCCUCUCGACCAAAUGAAAUAUUGGCCAUUGAUUUUACACUGUUGGAGCCUUCUCGAAAUGGGUUCGAAAACGUGUUGGUCAUGACAGAUGUGUUUAGCAAGUUCAUGAUAGCUGUGCCUACACGUGAUCAGACGGCCUCUACUGUGGCCCAGGUUCUGGUGGCUGAGUUCUGGUGGCUGAGUUUAUAAGUUUAUAAGUUUGGUGUGCCAAGCCGCUUGCACUCCGAUCAAGGGAGGAGUUUUGAAAGCACUUUGAUCCAACAACUUUGCUUGAUGUAUGGGGUAACCAAAUCUCGUACUACCCCUUACCAUCCGGCCGGAAAUGGGCAAUGUGAGCGCUUCAAUCAUACGCUGCACAACCUUCUUCGAACAUUGCCCUUGCCACAGAAGCGGGAUUGGGCGUCUUGUCUACCUUAUGUCCUCUUCUGUUAUAAUACAACCCCUCAUCAGGGUACUGGGGAGUCCCCCUAUUACUUGAUGUUUGGUCAAGAACCAAGGCUGCCCAUUGACUUCCUUUUGGGGCGUGUGGAAGAACCAAGGCUGGGUGAGGUGCAAGGAUGGGUGGCGGAGCACCAGGAAAGGUUGAGAGUUGCCUUCGAUUGUGCUCGUGAGUGGCUGCUGACAGCGGCAAGUCGUCGGAAGGAGCGGCAUGAUCAGCAUGUGAGAGAUGUGCCGCUGUUGGUGGGCCAGCCGGUGUAUGUGAGGGAUCAUGGUGCCAGGGACCGUCAUAAACUGCGGUAUCUGUGGAGCUCGGAGGUUCAUCAGGUGGUGAGCGUUUCAUCGGGAGGAGCAGUUUAUGCGGUGGCACCGGUGAACGCACUGCACAAAGUAAGGAAUGUGCAUCGCGACAUGUUGAAGGCUGUGGUACAGCCAGUUGAGGUUGAUUUUCUUCCAACUAAAUCACCAUCACCUUUUGGGUGUGGCUCAGCUGGACGAGUCAUCAAAUACCUAGUACGAGUGGGCAAGCUAUGCGUCGCACCACCCGUCCCACUGCCGGUCAUCAUUCGAAUGUUCAUCGGCUUCCUCAGCCUGCGAGUAAAAGUAAGGAGAAUAUUGGAGAGCCUCCUCAGCCCAGCAGCGGACAUUGUUAAGCCGCUUGGGACAAAUGCAACACCUCAAGCUUACCUUACCCAGCUCGAGUCCGCAUUUGGAGUGGUCGAAGAUGGAGAGGAGCUAUUCGCUACCUUCCUGGGCUCUAACCAAAACUCAGAUGUUCGAGUCGGAAAAGCCAAUCCCAAUAUGACAUUUGUCGUUGAACCCCCUGAAUCCUCCUUCCUGCCGGGUGGGCUGUUCAUUCAGUGUGCACUAAUAAACAUAAACACGAGAGCUUCAAACAAGAUCCCUGUAGUCAUCAGCAACACCACAGAUCACACUGUCACCCUACCUGCAAAGUGUGUUAUUGGUGAAGUGUCUGCAGUUCAAAGUGUAAUGCCCAUGACCUCCUCUGCACAAGUCGAUUCACAAACAUCAAAGGGCAAACAUUCAUUCAAUCUGGAUGACUCCCCAAUGCCAGAGGAGUGGAAGACACGCAUACGAGAUAAACUGAACUCCAUCCCUGAGGUUUUUGCGCUUGAUGAGCUGUCAUUUGGCCAUACCACCGCCGUGAAACAUACCAUCCGUCUGCAGGACGAGACGCCUUUCAAAGAAAGAUCCAGGCCGAUACACCCCAGUGAUCGAGAAGCUGUCAGACAACACCUUAGAGAGCUUCUGGACGCUGGUAUAAUAAGGGAAUCCGAGAGUCCCUUUGCAUCCCCACUGGUUGUCGUGAAAAAGAAAAACGGAAAGAUCAGACUAUGCAUCGACUAUAGGAAGCUUAACAGCCGCACUAUUAAGGAUGCUUAUGCUCUUCCUAACAUCGAGGAGACGUUUUCUGCCGAGUGGAGCAAAGUGGUUCUCGGCUUCUACGAAUUCAAUCGUAUGCCGCAAGGUGUCACCAAUGCACCUAGCACCUUUCAGCGCCUUAUGGAAAAGUGUGUUGGUGACCUACAUCUGAGCGAGGUUUUGGUGUUUUUAGAUGACGUCAUUGUCUUCUCCCAGACUCUAGAAGAGCACGAGGCAAGGCUCCUGAAGGUGCUUCAUCGUCUCAAAAGCUAUGGCCUAAAACUAUCCCCAGAGAAGUGUCAGUUUUUCAAGUCCUCCGUGAAAUACCUGGGCCAUAUUGUCGACGCUCAAUGAGUUCACACAGACCCAGAUAAAGUGUCAGCUCUGAAAGAUUGGCCCCGCCCUGGAAACAGAGAAGAACUGAAACGCUUCCUCGGAUUUUCAGGGUAUUACCGAAGAUUUGUGAAGGGCUACUCAAAAAUCGCCAGGCCUCUCAACGCUCUCACCGCUGGGUACUAUCCACCUAAAAAGAGGGGUAAAGUUUAUAAAACACUGAGACCCAACACCGGUAUAAGCCCCAGAGCACCUUUUGGCUCAGAGUGGACACCUGAGUGCGAGUCCUCUUUCAGAACACUGGUUGAAAAGUUGACAUCGGCCCCUGUACUCGCUUUCGCAGAUCCCAAGCUCCCGUAUGUGCUACAUACAGACGCUUGCUGUGAGGGGUUAGGAGCAGCUCUUUAUCAAGCUCAAGAUGGAAAGCUUAGAGUAAUAGCCUAUGCCAGCAGAGGCUUAUCCAAGAGCGAGAAGAACUACCCUACUCACAAGCUAGAAUUUCUAGCGUUAAAGUGGGCAGUUUGUGAGAAAUUCUGUGAUUACCUGUAUGGUACAGACUUUUCAGUCCUAACAGAUAACAACCCGCUUACCUAUGUCCUUUCAUCCGCAAAGCUCGACGCAGCCGGACACCGCUGGCUAGCGGCCCUCUCAACCUUCAGAUUCAACAUCAAAUAUCGAGCUGGACGUGCUAAUGGUGAUGCGGACGGACUGUCAAGGAGACCUCAAGCAGCUCCUCAAGAGGAUCAUGAGUACCUACAGGAAAAAGAAUGGAUCAACUCAAUGACAAAACGCCUUAUAGAGGGGGAGAUUCCAUCUGAUGCAGUCUCAGCUGUAUGUCAACGCGAUUCAGUAACCAUGCACUUACCUGUCCUUGCUGAGUCCCUUGUUGUUGACGCCUCCUCCUUAUCUGAUCUAUUCACUGGUACUGGACAGGACACUGUACCUGGCCUGACAAAAGAAAACUGGCAUGAAGCACAAAGGAACGAUCCAUCAAUUGGGAAAGUCAUCACCCUGGUCGAAAAAGGACAAAAGCCCCACUUCAAAUCUGUAAAAGCUGAGUCACCUGAAGUCAGGUUGCUCCUUCGGGAGUGGGAUAAGCUUGAGCUCAUUGAUAAUGUCCUUUACAGGAAGUGUUUCGACAGAGGAAACAAAAUUCAUCAGUACGUCUUACCCGAGGAAUUCAGAGAAAGAGCUCUCAAAGGCUUUCAUGAUGAGGUUGGUCACCUAGGACCAGAGCGUGUGUUCAGUCUUGCUCGUGCCAGAUGUUAUUGGCCUAAAAUGAAAGAAUCAGUUGAGAAGAAAUGUCACACAUGCGAACGUUGUUUCAGAAGGAAAGCUUGGCCACAAAGAGCAGCACCCAUGGUGAAUAUUAAAACAACUUACCCGCUAGAGCUUGUUUGCAUGGACUACUUGUCCCUUGAACUCGACAACUGUGACACCAGAAAUAUACUAGUCAUCACUGACCAUUUCACCCGCUUUGCAGUAGCUGUGCCAACAGAAGACCAAAAGGCCAGAUCUGUUGCUAAAGCUCUUUGGGAAAACUUCCUGGUCUACUAUGGGUUCCCUAGUCGCCUUCAUAGUUAUCAGGGACGCGACUUUGAAUCCCACACAAUCAAGGAACUGUGUUCACUGAUAGGGGCCGAGAAAGUGCGCACCACCCCAUACCAUCCUCAGGGGAAUCCUGUGGAGCGCUUUAACAGGACCCUUAUCAGCAUGCUCAGUACCCUUGACGAGAGAGACAAACAUCACUGGCGAGACUUUGUGAGGCCUGUUGUACAUGCGUACAACUGCACCAGGAAUUAUGCAACAGGCUACUCACCGUAUGAGCUGAUGUUCGGCAGGCAGCCGACUCUGCCAAUUGACCUCAUACUUGGCCUGAAACCUCCAACUGAGACUCAUACAACUAACUCAGAAUAUUUCCAAAACUUGCGCCAGAGACUCAAAGAAAGCUAUGCACUUGCUGCAGAGAACUCCAAAAAGUCUGGAGAGAGAAAUAAGCACAGAUUUGAUGCCAAAGUGAAAACUGCUGAAUUAGAAGAAGGGGAUCGUGUCUUGGUGAAGAAUGUCAACAUCCGUGGCAAACACAAGUUAGCCGAUAAAUGGGAAAGGCCCAUUCAUAUCGUUGUGAAACGGAUUGACUGUGGUCCUGUGUAUGUAGUCAAGCCAGAAACAGGGAAUGGCCCUCGGCGUACACUCCAUAGGGACUUACUUUUACCAUGUGGAUUUCUGCCAGUUGAGACUACUCCCGAUUCAGUGCCACAUCGAAGUAAACAAACUCAAAUGUGCCUGAGGAGUGGACAGAACCAAGAGAUGGAAUGUGACUAUUCGGACAGAGAAGAAGAGGAUGAUGGCUACUAUGUGAAUGAACCUCCACAGUUCACCACAUGGGGACCCUAUGUGCAAGAGUUCCAAGUUAUCCCCGUCAGUGGCUCCCAGUCUUCUCUGAACCCGAUGGCUCCUGACUUCAAUUCGCCAGCACCCCAACCAAUUCCUGAUCACUCAGUUGCACCUCUUGACACAAAUACAGCUGUCCAUCAGUUCCCAACCCAAAGUGACCAUGUCAUAAUAGACAUUCCAGAAAAUGGAAUAUUCCAAAGCACAGUGGUCACAGAUCCGACACCAGCUCACGACAUGGACAGUGCUCAGAACAGUUUCCCUGUAAUCCCAAAAAGGCACUCAGAAGUUACUUGUGGGGAAGAACAAGGAGAUGUUAAUACAGCAUGGGAGUGUGACACUCCUACUGUACCCGUCAGUGCCGAGUGUCACCUCCCGGUGCCCUGCGCAUCCAAAGCUAGCACGCGAUCCUGUGUCCGCCGCUGUCAAGAUGCUGCAGGUGCUUUCUGCACCAGCUUUCCCACAAUGAAGGGCACUGGGAGGCAUGGACACCUUAGCUGCCUAUUCAGCCAACACAGUGCACAGGGCGGGUGA